AUACUAAGGUAAAGUGUCACACAUAAGGAGACAAUUUUAUUUUACUUUUAUUCAUUACGGCCAUAAUACCAGUUCGACAAGUAGCUUGCAGUUGAAAACGAUAGUCCAUUUUUAUUAAGUGUAUGAUCUACUGUUAAUGACUGUUGAGUGUGGUUUUGUGGCACUGCCUUCGUCAGUCAGUGAAUUAAAGAAGUCCCUCCAACCAUCCAAAUACAGUUUAAAACUAACUCCGAGAUAUUUUCUACACUACCAUAAUUGUGCAUUUUAGUGCACUUCUAGCAUGGCUACCUUUAAAGGGAACAUCCCUUAUUCAAGACUGAUGGUUAUUUUAGUGGUAGUUUGUCUCUUUCACUUCGAUUAUUACUUAGUAUCUGCUCAAGAUUUCAAUAUAUCCAAUACGGAAGAAUCAAUUUGCGAAAAUGCUCAGUUAAAAACCAGAAACAGAAACGCCUUUUCGUGGGUAGAUUAUAUAGUCCUUGCAACGAUGCUAGUCGUUUCCUGCGGAAUUGGAAUUUUUUAUGGGUUCUUCGGACCCAAACACGAAAAUAGCGAAGAUUUUUUACUUGGGGGCAGCACUAUGGGCACGUUUCCGAUGGCCAUGUCACUGGCAGCAAGUUUUGUUACCGCGGUGGAAUUGCUUGGCAACCCCGCUGAGAUGUACACACAUGGUUCUCAGUUCUGGAUGAUCUGCAUCCCCUUUAUCCUGGUGGUGCCCUUAACGUCUAAGCUGUACUUACCCGUCUUCAUGAAUUUGAGGUUGACAAGUUCAUACGAAUACUUAUCCAUGCGAUUCAGUCCGAAGACAAGGUAUCUGGCUAGCGGUUUGUACAUCUUUCAAAUGGUCCUGUACACUAGUGUUGCUGUGUAUGCUCCUGCGUUGGCCCUUAGUAGCGUUACUGGAUUAAAUGUCUAUUUGGCUGUAACUGCUGUGUAUGCAGUAUGCAUAUUUUAUGCAUCUCAGGGUGGUAUGAAAGCAGUAAUCAUAGCUGAUACGUUUCAAGCUGCCGUUCUGCUGGGUUCUAUCCUGUUGAUAAUGUACCUUGGCGAACAAUUUCUUGGAAAUCAAGGCGUAAUCUGGUCCCAAAGCUACUAUACUGACAGAUUAGAACUAUUCAAUUUUAAUCCAAGCCUAACCAUCCGCCACAGUUUUUGGUCGGUAGUGGUGGGUGGGACCUUUUAUUGGAUGACCAUGUUUUGCUCCAAUCAAGCCUCCAUUCAAAAAUACCUUUCGGUUGAGCGAAUCUCCCAAGUAAGAAAGGCUCUGUGGGUAUCUUGCGGGGGUCUUAUCCUUAUCUAUACCAUCAACUUCUACACUGGUAUGAUACUGGUAGCCCACUACAAAACCUGCGACCCCAUCACCUCCAAAGAGAUAAACGCUUCCGAUGAAAUACUUCCAUUGUACAUCAUUACCAUCAUGGGGCAUUUCAAGGGACUGACAGGUUUCUUUGUCGCUGGUAUGUUCGCUGCUAGUUUGGGAACUGUCGCGUCAGCUCUGAACAGUUUGGCAGCUGUUACGAUGCAGGAUUUCCUCGGGACUGCUUUUGGUGUGCAUUUGCCUGACAGGAAAGGAGCUCUGGUUGCAAAAGUGUUGUCGAUAGCUUAUGGAGCUAUCAGCUUUGGCUUGGUGUUUAUCGUCGCUCAAUUGGGCAGUGUGAUGCAGGUAGCUAUAAGCUUCAAUGGAAUAGCUGGUGGAGUAACUUUAGGAUUAUUCUCGUUAGGAAUGUUUUUUCCGUGGGCUAAUUCAAGGGGUGCCAUCUUUGGAAGCCUAGUAGCUGUAGCUCUUGUGACACUAAUGUGCAUUGGCCAACAAAUUUCCAUUGCCAACGGCACUAUGAAGGAUGAUACCAAACCUAUGAGCACCGAAAAAUGUCCCUGUUAUGAUCAAACAGUUACUGAAGUUUCCAAUGUGUCAGAACCAGUAUAUUUUAUCUUUCGAAUUUCCUACAUCUGGUACUCUGCGAUAGGUUUUCUGAUAACUUUCAUCCUAGGGGUGUUGGGAUCUCUUGCAACUGGUCCUACGAACUAUAAAGACGUUGACGGUGAUCUUCUAUCGCCGCCUGUAAGAAGUUUAUUCAUUUCUUUGCCAAAUCGAGUGAAGGAUUGGUUGAAUAUACCACUUAAGGAUAAUAGUGGUACAGACACAAAGAGAAGUGUGGUUAAAGAAGCAUUCACGAUUAAUCUUGACCUAUUUGAUCGGGAGAAGAAGCAGAAUAUCUUUAACGAGCAGGUUAAGUCGAAGAUUAGGAAGAUAUCAGCACCGUCUUAGAUCGCGAUGAGAAUAAUAAUAGAAACAAAAAAACCUAAAUAUUUAGGUAUUAAAAUUGCUAUUUUUUUAUAUUCUACAUACCCGCCUAUGUUUAACUUUUACAAACGCAUAUCAUUAGUGAAAACUGAUUAUUUUUUACCUUUUCUAAGAUAUAAUUUUCGUACCCCGGGACUAGAGUAGCUAGUGUAACUUCAAACAACAUUUGGGAUCUACACUGCAUGUAUUGUUGUCAAAUAUCGUAUUCCUCACACAGAAGACAUACAAAUACACCGUUCAAAUGUAAUGAAAUGAAGUAGUAAUCUAUUUGGCCAUUUUUGUUUCGCCAAAUUAACGUUGUUAGCGCUCUGUUGUCGUAUCUCAUCAGGUGGAAUAAUAUUACGUUGUUCACCUAAACUAGGCCGAUGUUCAUGCUUUACAAAAAUGGUUAUAAAUACCUACAUUUUUAUUAACAACUUAAUAUAU